AUGGGCGCCACAAUUUGCUGCUGCUGCCGAUCGGAGCAAGAGCAGAAUGAGCAGCUAACGAGUGUGAUAUUGAGCAGAGAGCCGCCGCCGAAAGAACAAUGUCGAGGCUCACUUCUGGUCUUUAUCAAUCCACACAGCGGCCGGGGCAAAAGUUUAGAGACCUUUGCGCAUACAGUCGCUCCGAAACUCGAUAGGAGUCUUAUUCGAUAUGAAGUCGUGGUCACUACCGGUCCAAACCACGCGCGAAAUGUGUUGAUGACAAAGACAGAUCUCGGAAAAUUCAACGGAAUUUUGAUACUUUCCGGUGAUGGAUUGGUUUUCGAGGCCCUAAACGGAGUACUCUGCCGUGAAGAUGCGUUCAGAAUAUUCCCAAAUCUACCCAUUGGAAUUGUUCCCUCUGGUUCUGGAAACGGUCUUUUGUGCUCAGUUUUAUCAAAAUACGGCACAAAAAUGAACGAAAAAUCGGUGAUGGAUCGAGCGCUGGAAAUUGCCACGUCACCAACGGCGAGAGCUGAAUCCGUCGCGUUGUAUUCUGUAAAAACGGAAACGGCCACCUAUGCGGCGUUCUUGUCGAUCGGUUGGGGUCUUAUGGCUGAUAUAGACAUCGAAAGUGAAAAAUGGCGAAAACUCGGUGGUCAUCGAUUCACACUGAUGGGCUUCAUUCGCAGUUGUAAUCUGCGCUCGUAUAAAGGCCGACUGACGUAUAGACCAUAUAAGGCCAGAGGUUAUACUCCAUCGUCGAACGUCUUCAGUAUUUAUGAUAAAACUACACAGCAAAGGAUUGACGACUCCACCGCCAUCACAAUUCCAUCGUUCGCGGAUUCAGAAGACGAGGAAAAACAUCUAAAAAAUCAGAAGACAACAUGGACACUUCAUGAUUCAGAAGACACGACGUCAUCUGAAUCAGAAUCCGAUGAAGAAGUGGUGAUAGAGGACGAUUUCAUCAAUAUGUACGCAGUGACUCUAUCGCAUAUCGCCGCCGACGGACCGUUCGCGCCGAGUGCCAAAUUAGAGGAUAAUCGGAUUCAUUUAUCGUACAUUUUGUGGAAGGAUAUUGGUACUCGAGUGGAUAUUGCAAAGUAUUUGUUGGCGAUUGAGCAUGAGACUCAUUUGGAUUUGCCCUUUGUUAAGCGCGUCGAAGUGUCCUCAAUGAAACUGGAAGUGCUCAGCGAUGGCUCGUACGUGGUGCUAGAUGGCGAAGUCGUCGAAACGAAAUCCAUUCAAGUGUCAUCGACCCGAAAUAAUAUUUGUGUUUUUUCAUCAACUGCCUAG